AUGCCUUUGGUCCCCUCGUUCUGCUGCGUGAAGCCCUCCGUUCGGUGCGUUUCCUCUGUUGAGGGAAGAAUAAAGUUUGACUUUUGCCCUCUGGGUUUUCCAGCUUCUGCUGCAUUUACUUCUUCUUUUAUUUGCACGAUGAGAUGGAGACGAUGGGUUGUGUAGGAGGGAGAAGGGGAAGAAGAAGGGACCGUCAUGGCGGAUUUUCUCGCUCAAGGAGUUGCACUCCGCAACCAACAACUUCAACUACGACAACAAGCUAGGAGAAGGAGGUUUCGGGAGCGUCUACUGGGGCCAGCUUUCGGAUGGAACGCAGGUGAUGACUCUGCCUUCUUCUCCGUCAAAAGGAGUAAUUCUUUUGAGAAAUUGGGUGGUUUGGUUCUUUGCUCUUUAUUCAUAUAUGGGCGGUGAUUUUCCAAUUAACACCCGCGAGUUGAAUUCUAUAAUAUGAUAGGAAAUUAAUUCCAUUUAUAUAUUGUCCGCAGGAUUUCUGAUUGGUACUGUUUUAUGCUUUCCAUUAUGCGGCAGAGAAAAACAUAAUAAUUUCGAGCACCAGAUACUCUCAGCUGGGCCUAAUAGAAAAACCGAAAAUACGUUCCAGAGUUCUCAUCUUACCUUAGAUUGCAUUCUGUUAAGCAUUAAUUCCCUGCUCUUCCAGGCAUUCAAUCCAACUGAUGCUGUUUUCAUUCCCAAGGAUUUAGUCAGCCUCGUCCAUCUACUUAAAAUAGAAGGUAGAACUUAACCACAAGAAGGCUGUUGGCAGAGCAAGCUGUCACAGUAUCAUCAUCACCUUUCAUUAUUGUGCGAUUCGGGUAACUGUCAUCAAGUGGGUAAUGGGUUGCAGAGGGGUCUCGAACUAGUUGAUCGAUUGAGGCAUUACUUUUAUCGUCUUUCUUCUGAUUUAGUGGACUCUGAUAUCUUUGGUGUAGGAAAACAUGGAUGGGCAGUAAAAACAUUAGUAUGGUAUGUGUAAAAGCAUUCUACUCGCAUCUGCUAAAAGGCAAAAAAAUAAUCGACCCGAAGAAAGCAUUUCUGUUGUUAGACAUGUAAGAGGGUGGGUUAAUCAGCUUGUCCGAAUCAGAAGUUGUGGGUAUUAGAAUGAACCAGGUGAAGAGGACAGCUCACAAUUCCUAAUCGAGUAUGUAGGUUUACCUCUUUCCUAUAUUAUGAUUAUACUGCAGGGAAAAGAAGCUAGAAAGGUUGAAAAUUAGAAGCCUUUUCGGCUUGUGGAAAGUAGAUUCUCUGAAGUUGUGCUGAUACAAGUUAUCUGUCUAAGAUGGCAAAUAACUGCUAUGAGAAAGCUGUGUCAAUUAGCUCGUUCUUAUGGAACUUUAGUAGAAUGGAUUCAGGCUGUGCGUCAAAGUCUGUUAACAAAUGAGCUUCUAAGUCUUUUUCUCAAAGUGAUGGUGGGGAUCGGAUAAGAGGUUAUUUAUUUGAUAGGUGCAAACUGCUGAGUAUCGACGAUGUUCCCACAUGAGAUAUGACCUGAAUCCAAGAUCAGGAUGCUCUUUCCUGCAUGGAUUGCUAUUAUUGUAGUAUCUGACUUUGGGAUGCAUUUUUAAAAUUAGAUUUAAUUAUUGUUGUCCCGUAUAGCAGCUUGUUGGAUCCAUUUUUCUCUUAUUUCUAAAAUUCCUGUGGCUUCUUGAGAUGAGAUGUUUACCUGGUCAUCUGAUCAGUGACUCCUAUCAUUUACCAGAAUCUUAAUUGUCAUGAAUGGUACAUAGCUUUGUGACCUUGAAGUAAAAUGUUGCGUGCUGAAGAUGCUGUGAUGAAUCUAUAAAUCCUCUACCAGCUUGCAACUCAUUUCCCAAAAUUUUGCUUCUCAUAUUUUUUUUUUGGGUAUUUUUACCAUGAAGUCCUCAAGUUUGAGUAAAUUUUUCCGUUAAGAACACAAUUGAGAAUGUGCGAUCCUUGAUUGUUUCAGAUGAUUGAAAACAUAUUUAGAGCUUAUCUUCAUGUCAUAAGGUACAAUGGAUCCUUGCCACUUUGAAAUUAGUAUUUUUUAUUCUUGACUGUGGCUAGAAUAUUCAGGAAUGGCGAUUUUGUUCCCCCACAGCAUAAUCCACAUCAUUGUUCUACAAUCUGAUCGUCUCAAUUUUGUAACACGCCAUAAACAGUAUGUGCAUCUCAUCCAGAUCCAAUUUGGCAUUGGUAGUCUUCUCCCAACUGAGAGGAAGAAUUAGAAAGGAAAAAAAAAUAAAAUUAAAUGGGAACUGGUCAGGGGAGUUUGAAACAGUAACCGAAGUGAGCAUGAUCUUCAUUCAUUCAUAUAAUCUUUCUGUACCUUGAACAUUUCCUUUUUGUCCCUGGACCUGAACUUAGUUGGAAGUUUUAAUUUUCCUUCACAUCUAUAGUAAAAUCUGUCCUCCAUUCUCUCUCUGGAAUCAUCAUCUCCCUUUGUUUUCUUCACUUUUCCUCUCUUCCCAUGAGUUUCUUUAGACUCGACCAUUAAUGAAACUGGUGGCUGUACUUAGUGGGUGUUAUCUUUCCUGGAAAGUUGUAGGUACUUCGUAUGCAUCAAAUGUACAUGGGGGAAGAGAAAUAUAGAAAAUACAGUCAAUGAACUCUCUAGGAGACCCUUGAUAAGAUUUCUUGGCAGUCUCCACCAAACUGGUAAAGACCACCCUGGUAGCACUACCACCUUUAAAAUAAGAAGUAAUGUCCUGUUUAUAGUAGUUCAUUGUCUUCUCUCUCGCUCUAAAGCAUAAUAAAGUGACUACUUUUCCUUCCAAAAAAUUAGUCUCUAAAAAUACGGACAGACAACUAAAUCUUUUUCUAUGUACUUUGAAUAUCUACUGCCAGUACCAGCUAGUCAACAGAUCAUCCAGCAAACUUGUGAUUUAGAUGGAGGAGCCUAAGAUUUAUAAAUAAUUUAAAAGAAAUGGAAAUAUAAAUAUAAGUACCCUAUCCUCUCGUAUUUGGUCGAUAUAAAUAUAUGUAACCGAACCUCUUUCAGCUCUAGUUUUCAAUUUUGCCCCUUUCUUUCUCUCUCUCCUCUCUCCUCUCUCCUCUUUCAGCCAGCAGCUCUCUCCUCACCAGAGGUGUCUUCGCUGGCGAGCUUUGAGCCUGGCACUCGACCUAUACUGCUGUCACUGUAGUACGACUGCUUCAUUUGCUCAUCUAAGGAUGAAAACCGGCACCAUUUUUUUUCUGCGAUAAGUUUCUUUUUCCACUUCCGUAAUACUGCCACGUUGCUUGAGGAAGAAAGGUUUUGCCUUGGGACAUUAUGGGCUUUAGUCAGUUGUAAAGUCACAACCUCGUUCUCCUGUGAUUCUUUUGUUUAAUCACCUCAGUUGUAGAGUCCCAACCUGGUCCUCCUAUAAUUGUUGAAGUACCAACAUCAUCUUCUUCAGACUACCAAAGUCCCUCUAUGAGUUAAGCUGAAUUGAAUUCCCUGACACAUCUGAUGUCUUCGCGGGCCAGGUAGAAUUAGCCCGUCCGAGUCGUGUGUUUUCUCCCGGGAAGUUAUGUGACAGAGAAUUUUCAUGGAUGGCCCAUUGGGUGGUGUUGGAAGUCGUCUUUUACAAGUGAGUUCCUUUCUACUAUAUACCCUGGAGAUACCUUGUUCUGAGGGGAAAUAUUCGAAAUAAAAGUCCAGUUAACCAGCCAGGAUGCUCUUAAGUUGUCUCGUGUGAGGUUUGUGAACUGUCUAUUUUCUCGAUAUAACUUACCUAAUGGUGUUAUAUACUUUCUAGGACACGGUCAUUGUAUUGUACAGCAAUCACUCUCUGUGCUCAAGUAAUUGGAUCUAUUAAUAGUAAUUCAGGGCCUGGUGAUUUACUUUUUCAGAAUAUUUUAUCCAUUACCUGCUCUAAGGCGGGCAGAUGUUCUUAGUGGAUUGUUCAAUGCUCGCAGACUGAUUCUUUUGCUCUGUUAGUCGCAAAACGCCACGCCCUCAUCUCAUGAAUACAAGGCCUAGUUGCCCAAUUAUAUUCUUCACUUGACGUCACUGCUGUUUGGCAGUCAGAUUGAUCCAUUUGCUGCCUCCAGAUUGCUGUAAAGAGGCUGAACGUAUGGAGCAACAAAGCUGAAUCCGAAUUCUCCGCGGAGGUUGAGGUUCUGGGCAGAGUCAAGCACAAAAACCUCCUCGGUUUGCGUGGCUAUUGCGCAGAAGCAGAGGAGCGUCUAAUAGUGUACGAGUACAUGCCCAACUUAAGCCUAUUCUCUCAUCUUCAUGGGCAGAACUCGUCAGAGUGCGUCCUCAAUUGGCCAAGGCGGAUGAAAAUCGCGGUUGGGUCGGCAGAGGGGAUUGCGUGAGUCAGAACUAGAAUCUAUUCAGUCAAUUUUCCAAUUUUGGCAGUGAAUUUUCAUUACUCUACCUGUUUGCUCAUCUCCUCCAGAUAUCUCCACCACAACGCCACACCCCAUAUAAUUCACAGAGACAUCAAGGCGAGCAACGUCCUUCUUGAUUCAGACUUUGAACCUCAGGUUGCUGACUUUGGGUUUGCGAAGCUAAUCCCUGAUGGCGCCACUCAUGUCACCACGAAGGUGAAGGGCACCCUGGGCUACCUCGCCCCUGAGUAUGCCAUGCUUGGCAAGGCCUCUGAGAGCUGCGAUGUCUACAGCUUUGGCAUUCUGCUUCUGGAGCUUGUCAGCGGGAAGAAGCCCGUUGAGAAGCUUAGUCACGCUGAGAAACGCACCAUCUCCGAUUGGGCUCUUCAGUUAGUCUGGGAGAAAAACUUUGCUGCGGUGGCAGACCCAAAGCUUAAUGGGGACUUCGUUGAGGCAGAGUUGAGGAGGAUCGUUCUGGUUGCACUGGUUUGUGCCCAGAACAGACAAGAGAAGCGGCCCACCAUGAUCCAGGUCUUGGGUUUGCUCAGAGGUGAGUCCAAGGAGGAUCUAGAGACCUUGGAGAAUGAUGAGUUGUUCAGGCCGGGGACAAAUGGAUUAUCAGGUGGCGAUGGAAGCUCAGACUUUAUUUCUGAGGGGAGGGAUGUCGAGGUUGAAGGGAAGGGGGCAGCUGAUUGUGAACCUUUCCCAAAAUGA